AGGGACUCCAUCAUACCGGAUGCCACCGUUUAAGGAUCCUUUGAAACUUCUCAAGAAUUCAGCGAGAUUUUUAAACUGAAACUGAAGAAUCUGGUACUGUAAGUGUAAACAAGCUUAUUUUGGAAGCCAAUUUCGUAUGCGAUGUUUGGUUUUCAGAGAAGGGGAUUGGGCACCCCACGACUACAGCUCUGGCUUCUCCUCCUCGAAUUCUGGGAGGUGGGGAGCGGCCAGCUCCACUACUCCGUCUCAGAGGAAGCCAAACACGGCACCUUCGUUGGCCGCAUCGCGCAGGACCUGGGGCUGGAGCUGGCGGAGCUGGUGCCGCGCCUGUUCCGGGUGGCGUCCAAAACACAUGGGGACCUUUUGGAGGUAAAUCUGCAGAAUGGCAUUGUGUUUGUGAAUUCUCGGAUCGACCGCGAGGAGCUGUGCGGGCAGAGCACGGAGUGCAGCAUCCACCUGGAGGUGAUCGUGGACAGGCCGCUGCAGGUUUUCCAUGUUAACGUGGAGGUGAAGGACAUUAACGACAACCCGCCGGUGUUCUCGCUCAGAGAACAGAAGCUGCUGAUUGCGGAAUCUAAGCAACUGGACUCGCGUUUUCCACUAGAGGGAGCUUCUGAUGCUGACAUUGAAGAGAAUGCUCUAUUGACCUACAAGCUAAGUAAAAAUGAGUAUUUUUCUUUAGAUUCACCGACAAAUAGUAAACAGAUUAAAAGACUGUCACUUAUUUUAAAGAAGUCUCUGGAUAGAGAGAAAACUCCGGAACUUAAUUUGCUACUAACAGCUACAGACGGGGGAAAACCGGAGCUUACUGGCACCGUUCAGCUGUUAGUCCAAGUCUUGGAUGUCAACGACAAUGAUCCAGAGUUUGAUAAAUCAGAAUACAAGGUGAGCCUUAUGGAAAACGCUGCUAAAGAAACUCUUGUGAUAAAACUAAACGCCACAGACCGAGACGAAGGAGUCAAUGGAGAGGUAACAUACUCCUUAAUGUCAAUUAAGCCCACCGGAAGACCCUUAUUUACACUAGAUCAAAAUAAUGGAGAAGUGAGGGUCAAUGGAACUUUAGAUUAUGAAGAAAACAAGUUUUAUAAAAUUGAAGUACAGGCUACAGAUAAGGGGACUCCCCCAAUGGCAGGUCACUGUACAGUCUGGGUGGAAAUCUUGGACACCAACGAUAAUUCUCCUGAAGUCACCGUGACUUCCUUGUCCCUCCCAGUACGAGAGGACACUCAGCCCAGCACGGUAAUUGCCCUGAUCAGCGUGUCUGACCGUGACUCAGGUGUCAACGGACAGGUGACCUGCUCGCUGAUGCCCCACGUUCCCUUCAAGCUGGUGUCCACCUUCAAGAAUUACUACUCGUUGGUGCUGGACAGCGCCCUGGACCGCGAGAGCGUGUCGGCCUAUGAACUGGUGGUGACUGCGCGGGAUGGGGGUUCGCCUUCUCUGUGGGCCACGGCCAAGGUGUCCGUGGAGGUGGCCGACGUGAACGACAACGUGCCGGCGUUCGCACAGCCCGAGUACACCGUGUUCGUGAAGGAGAACAACCCACCAGGCUGCCACAUCUUCACAGUGUCGGCGCGGGACGCGGACGCGCAGGAGAACGCGCUGGUGUCCUACUCGCUGGUGGAGCGGCGGGUGGGCGAGCGCGCGCUGUCGAGCUACGUGUCGGUGCACGCGGAGAGCGGCAAGGUGUACGCGCUGCAGCCGCUGGACCACGAGGAGCUGGAGCUGCUACAGUUCCAGGUGAGCGCGCGCGAUGCGGGCGUGCCGCCUCUGGGCAGCAACGUGACGCUGCAGGUGUUCGUGCUGGACGAGAACGACAACGCGCCGGCACUGCUGGCGACUCAGGCUGGCAGUGCGGGAGGCGCAGUUAACAAGCAAGUACCGCGGUCGGUGGGUGCGGGCCACGUGGUGGCGAAGGUGCGCGCAGUGGAUGCGGACUCAGGCUACAACGCGUGGCUUUCAUAUGAAUUGCAGCCAGCGGCGGACGGCUCGCGCAUCCCGUUCCGCGUGGGGCUGUACACGGGCGAGAUAAGCACAACACGUGCCCUGGACGAGGCCGACUCGCCGCGCCACCGACUUCUAGUGCUGGUGAAGGAUCACGGUGAGCCGGCGCUGACGGCCACGGCCACCUUGCUGGUAUCGUUGGUGGAGAGCGGACAGGCGCCAAAGGCCUUUUCGCGGACUUUGGUGGGCGCCGCGAGCCCAGAGGCUGCGCUGGUGGAUGUUAACGUUUACCUGAUCAUCGCCAUCUGCGUGGUGUCCAGCCUGCUGGUGCUCACGCUGCUGCUGUAUACGGCGCUGUGGUGCUCGGCAACGCCCACUGAGGGCGCUUGCGCGCCGGGGAAGCCCACGCUGGUGUGCUCCCGCGCGGUGGGGAGCUGGUCAUACUCGCAGCAGAGGCGGCAGAGGGUGUGCUCUGAGGAGGGCCCACCGAAGACGGACCUCAUGGCCUUCAGCCCCAGUCUUCCUCUAGGUCUGAAUAAGGAGGAAGGGGAAAGACAGGAGCCAGGGUCAAAUCACCCCGGACAGGUGAGUUUUCUACAGAUUCCACCUAUCAGGAAGUGUAUGUGA